CGCUCGAGGAGGGGCGGGGCCGAGGGGCGGGGCCUCGAGUGGCCCGAGGUGGCCCGGCUGCUGGGUCGGAAACCGCGCAGUCCGACUCAUCAAGUCCAGGGUAUGGCGUCCCCACGGGAAUUGACCCAGAACCCCUUGAAGAAGAUCUGGAUGCCGUACAGCAAUGGGCGGCCCGCUCUGCACGCCUGCCAGCGCCGUGUUUGCAUGACCAACUGCCCAACGCUCAUUGUCAUGGUCGGCCUGCCCGCCCGGGGCAAGACCUACAUCUCUAAGAAGCUGACUCGCUACCUGAACUGGAUUGGUGUGCCCACCCGAGAAUUCAACGUUGGCCAGUAUCGCCGGGAUAUGGUCAAGACGUACAAGUCUUUUGAGUUUUUCCUUCCAGACAAUGAAGAGGGCCUGAAGAUCAGGAAGCAGUGUGCACUGGCAGCCCUCCGUGACGUCCGGCGGUUCCUCAGUGAGGAGGGGGGCCAUGUGGCGGUUUUUGAUGCAACGAAUACCACCCGAGAACGGAGAGCGACCAUCUUUAAUUUUGGGGAGCAGAAUGGCUACAAGACCUUUUUUGUGGAGUCCAUCUGCGUGGACCCCGAGGUCAUAGCUGCUAACAUCGUGCAAGUGAAACUGGGCAGCCCUGACUACGUGAACCACGACAGUGACGAGGCCACGGAAGAUUUCAUGCGGCGCAUUGAGUGCUAUGAGAACUCGUACGAGUCGCUGGAUGAGGACCUGGACAGGGAUCUGUCCUACAUCAAGAUCAUGGACGUGGGGCAGAGCUACGUGGUGAACCGCGUGGCCGACCACAUCCAGAGCCGCAUCGUGUACUACCUCAUGAACAUCCACGUGACCCCCCGCUCCAUCUACCUCUGCCGACACGGGGAAAGCGAGCUCAACCUCAAGGGCCGGAUCGGCGGGGACCCGGGCCUGUCCCCUCGGGGCAGGGAGUUCGCCAGAAGUCUGGCCCAGUUCAUCCGUGAUCAGAACAUAAAGGACCUGAAGGUCUGGACGAGCCAGAUGAAGAGGACCAUCCAGACAGCCGAGGCCCUGGGUGUGCCGUACGAGCAGUGGAAGGUCCUCAACGAGAUCGACGCGGGUGUCUGUGAGGAGAUGACCUACGAAGAAAUUCAAGAUCAUUAUCCACUGGAAUUUGCCCUGCGGGACCAGGACAAGUACCGGUACCGGUACCCCAAGGGGGAGUCCUAUGAGGACCUGGUCCAGCGCCUCGAGCCUGUCAUCAUGGAGCUGGAGAGGCAAGAGAAUGUGCUGGUCAUCUGUCACCAGGCCGUGAUGCGCUGUCUCCUGGCCUACUUCCUUGAUAAGGCGGCAGAGCAGCUGCCCUACCUCAAGUGUCCGCUGCACACCGUCCUGAAGCUGACCCCUGUGGCUUACGGUUGUAAAGUGGAGUCCAUAUUCCUGAAUGUGAUGGCUGUGAACACGCACCGGGACAGGCCUCAGAAUGUAGACAUCUCGAGGCCCCCGGAGGAAGCCCUUGUCACGGUCCCUGCUCACCAGUGACCAUGUCUCCUCCACUGCCACCCCCAGGCAGAUAUUGAGCUCUGCAGGUACGGUCAUGACAGGCCCCCAGGCCCGUGUGACAGUUUCUCUGCUGGAACAUCCCAGAGGCCAUGCACUGGUCCCCCUGAUUCCUCAUCGAUGGUGACAGGGUUAGACGUCGUGCCCGAUGGGCUGCUGUAAAGCUUUGGCCAGACUGGAUCUGCCCGGGGGUGCCCCUCCCGUCCUGCCCCGCCAGGAACCGGAGAGCCGCCGAGGCCCGGCCCUCGUGUCGGAGCAGCUCGUGAACGCCGUGGGCUCACUUCAGCAGAAGCCCACAGGGGGUGCGGCCCUUGUGGUCACCCCUUCUCGACCGUGCAUACGCUGGAACAUUUGGGGGAGCUGGGGGCCCAAGCCACCCCUGCCCCAUGGCUGUCCCGGUGAAAGCACAUGAAGUCGGGGUGGUCGUGUGAACGCCCUUUCCUGUGCCGACCCAGGUGCUCGAGGAAGAGGCUGCCAUCCCGCCUCUCCGUCCCCUACUGUGCUCCCCUCGCUACCUCUGCCCCGUCACCGCUGUGUCCACACAGGAGCGGACCCUGGUGGCCGAGAAAUGCAUUUGCUGUGAACCAUUCAGAGAAACAAGCCUGUCCUGGCAUUCGCUGCCCUCCGCCCAUGAGACCGAAUAGGGGACCGGCAGGAAGGCGGGGGCACCCUGCCCAGGGGAGGAUUUUCCCAGCAUGGCACAGCUUCGGCUUCCCGUGUGUGGGAGCCUGGUGUGAGAACCACCCCGGGGGGCUGCCAUCUGUCAUACACCCCUGAGUUCCUUUGGGCCCAGGGAGGCAGGCUGGCCUCCCUGGGUGCCAGGGUCCUGGCUCCAUCUUGUCUCUGGGCAGGAGGCAUGGCUGACAAGUUGAGAAACUGCGUGAGGGGGUGUCUGGAUCUGUAGUCGGAGGCCCUGCCGUCCACAAGUGGGUCCUGGUCCGGGAUUCUGAGCCCACAUUGUACCUGAAAACUUCCCUGGCAGAAUAGCCCAUCUUUCCCAGCCUCCUGGGGCUUUGCAGCCUGUAGGUACCACCUGCCCCUGAGGGGAACCUGUGCCCCCGCCCCGGCUGGUCAUCUCAGCCUUGUGCACUGCAGUGGCCGUGGACAGACCUGGUGGAGGGCUGGGGCAGGAGCUUCUGGACUUAUGACUGCCAGAGCCCCUAGCCCUGAAGUCAGGACCAGAGGACCAUGCCACUGCCUUUGGGACGUGGGGACCACAGCCCUUGUUUCCAUGUCCCCCAGAGUUUCGAUGACUUGGUCACUUGGACAUGCUUGCUUGUUGGCCUUGGUGGGUCUCUUUGGUUGGCGCCAUGUACGUUGAGACGUCCCCACCUCUCCAGGACCGGCUGGCCGAAGCACAACCAGCGAGGGCAGUCAGGAGCUGCUGGACCCAGAGUGUUACGAGGACUGGGAUUGGGCAGAGGGAAGUCUGGGGGCAUGGCAUUGCUUGGGGCAGAUCCUCUCCGCCUCUGCCUGGAGUGUUCUCUGCAUGGGCAGCCACCCACUGGUUGGCUGCCAGGUUUUAUCCAUGACGGUUCUCGUGUCAAAACAUUUGUGUCGAAGACACAUGUGCUUGUGUCAAAGACAUUUUCCCAUUCUCCCUGGAAUGGGUGAUGGUUGGUGGAUCUCAGCUGCAUAUCACACUGUGUCCAGCAUUCUUUGCAAUAAAUACUUAAAGAAAAAAUUGGGGCGCCUGGCUGGCUCAGUCAGUAGAGCAUGUGACUCUUGAUCUCCGGGUUGUGAGUUCAAGCCCCAUGUUGGGCCUAGAGCUUACUUAAAAAAAAAAUUAAAAAUGAGAAUCUAAGGUUGUAGCUUGUGGCCAUCUCUCCAUUUCUGAGGUAUUUUCAGCUGGUUCUGAAGACUCCCACAUUGAGGUCUCUCAUAGGUCUGUGUUGGGAUCUUCAGUCCAGCUCCCACUUCCAUGCCUACCCCUCUCUGGAGAGGAAGCUGUCUUGUCCUGGAGUUAGUCUUGGGCCUGGUGCCCAUGGGCAGGGACAGGGCCGAGUUUUCUCUGGGCCAGCCUAGGAUUCUGGGUCCUCGCCCAGGAAGCAGAUGUGUGAAGGGGCAUCUGAGGUGGAGGACCGUUAAGGGGAAAUUAUGGGUUCCAGAUCAUGGCAUCUUUGGGGAGCAGAUGGAACCAGGGGCUGGGUCAAGGAUGGAGGGGCGGCAGGGCGUUGUGAGUGGGAGCGUGUUGGCUGGUUCUGCCCUGUUUUCUUUGUCACCUGCCUUUGGGUUGGGGAAGAUGGUGACAGGCAGGGUUUUCCCUUUCUCCUGGUCCAGGACUUCACUGGACUCUGCAUGCUUCCUGCGCUGGGGCCAGGCUGUUGGAGGGCAAGUCGCAGGGCUGCUCCUCAGUGGACACGAUGGGGCUGGACAUGUUGGCUGCCCAUCUGCACCUCUCCCAGUGCGUCGGGAUGGAGGUAGCUGUGGCCAGGCUGCUUCUGUCAGGUCCGAUGUUGCCAGUAGCUAUGGCUCUGCCUUACCCAAUUGUGUCACGAUCAGUGACAGAAACCUCUGGCCUUCAUCCCCAAGUUCAGCGCGAUUUCAGCUGCGAUGGUCUUCCUGGUGGUCAAGAUUAGGGGACAGCUUGAUGGUCCUCCCCCCGUCUCUGGACACUGAGGUCCUGGGUGGACACCUGACCUGAGAGGCCUCAGCACUUUUGGGAGAAGAUGUUAAAGACUUCUAAUAGCAAAGCAACAGCAGAAGGAAUAAGAUCUAACACUACGAGAAUUUUUCUUCAGGUCCAACAUUCUACCACAGCCAUAGGAAGAGGGAUUAUAUUUCGUCGUAUUGAAAAAUUGUAUAGCAUUUUGGGUUGCUAGGAAACAAUGACCAUCAUUGGAUGUUAGGGUCAGAGGACAUUUGGAUAGAAAGAAAUGCUGUUCCAAAGGCAUAAGCUUUAGCAGGGAUGUCUGGCUGGCUCAGUCAGUGGAGCACGUGACUCUUGAUCUCGCGGCAGUGAGUUCGAGCCC